UGUUGUAAUGUUCCAGAACAAUUUCUUGGUGAAAAUAUUAAAAACAAAAUGGAGAAUCCGAUGAAUAAGUUCCAAGGUCCGAGCUAAACUAAGCUACAAAGUUGUCUAUUUUCUCGCCGAUUAUCUUGCCCUAUCCAUGUCUCACAAGCCUCUAGAUUCACGGCACUCCAUAGAUUCAUGUGCCUUCCAACUCCAUAGGUGGAGACCCUUUCAUCUUCCACAGACCACACCCACCAAAACCCACGAACCCCCGGUUCCCACUGCCAACCCCAGACCCUACUGCUCCUCCAAUGGUGCCUACACCAAGCGCCCCUGCCUCUCCGACCGCGCCACCUCCUUCCCUAUCGACGCCGCCAUCGACAUGUCCAGGCUGAGCUUGAUCGACGACGAUAGGCCCGUCUCGGCCCGAGGAAGCUACCGAUUAAUCGCCAGAAAGCGACGCAGGCGUGGGUCGAGGUCUGUCUCUGGGCGAAGCAGCGAUCGAAGUGGAACCCGGCGGUGCUGCUCUGUCGGGGCCUCAGCGGCGUACGGAACCUGCUCGGAUUUUCCGGUGGCGGUUGCCACGGACUCUAGCGGGGAGCUGUUUGUCCACGGGGAAGCGAAUUGGUCAUCGGAUGUGAGCGAGGCGCGGAGUUCGAGACGGGAUACAGACGGCGGAAAUGGAGAGAAGGAGAAUCUGGUUUCUGGGUUUGGUCCAAUUGGGGGUUUCGAUUCCCAAGGGGUCGAAUCCGGGUACGGAAGCGAACCGGGUUACCGGGGAGAUGCGGAGUUUGGGUACGGUGAUGAGGUUGAUGAGGAAGAAGACGAUACUCGAUUGUUAUUUUGGGGCGACCAAUUUGGAGAUAGUGAUUCUAUAAUGGAGAUUGUCGGGGAGAAUACAUUUGCAGAUCAAAAAACCCAUCACAGAUGUCGAAGAAAGAAACAUGAUUGUAGAAUGGUUGAUUCAGUGAGGUAAUAAAAGAAUAUGUUGAGAAGUAUAAGAACUUUCCUACACGUUAUUUUGGUGCUUAUUUUUGUCCCCGGCACUUCACAAGCUAUCCUCUUUCAAGCUAUAGUACAGUUUUCAGUACUUUUUCCCCAAAAUUUGAAAAGAUGCGUGGAAGAAUUCCACUGUUAUUUUAGUAAUUUGGUCUGGACGUGUUAUCAUAGAAUGUCGUUAGAUUGUAAGUGUGAAACGAGUUCUUGUAAUUGUACAAGAUCUUGUUUAAGUGAAGUUCUUGCAUUGAGCAACAAAUUUAGGUUCUUGCCGUUGUCCAAGGAAGCCCCAACAUGGAAAAGGAAAAGGAAAAGGUUGGGGCCAUGAGGCACAAAAGCUUUGGAAUGUGUUUUCAUGUAUAUACGGUGUAAUAUGGUGUAUUGAUGAAUUCUUGUAAGAUGACUUGUUUUUGAGUCAACAGUUGAUGUCAAUAUUUAAUGGUUUCAUUUUGCUGUA